UGACCUCAACAUCUACUUUUCCUUCUUUCACCUCAUUCACCGACGGUUCUUCAGCAGCUAAUAAUUCCGCCGGGCAGUACGCAAGAGGUGCAGCAUCGUCCUCAGGCCUUCGACCUCGAACACACUACAAUCAUGGAAACGACGACGAAAGCCGAUGGUUCUGUACCAGUCUAUGACGAUGCGUUGUCAGCAGAUGAAGUGCAGCUCAGAGCGCAAGGACACGUUGGCGAGCUGCCUCGCCAGUUCAGUACCUUCGCAACUGUUGCGUUUGCAUUCACUCUGACCAACUCGUGGACCGGAUGGUCUGGUACCUUUGGGACACCACUGAUUGCCGGCGGUGGCCCAGCAGUUUUCUUUGGUCUAGUGGUAUCGGCCGUCGCCUGUACCUUCAUCACGCUUGGUCUCGCGGAACUGGCUUCGGCCUUCCCCAGUACUGGUGGCCAGUAUCACUUCGCCUUUAUGGUCUCGUCUCCAAAAUAUCGCACAGUAGUGGCCUUCUACGCAGGCUGGCUCAGUGUCUUUGCUUGGACCAUGACGGCCGCGUCCGUUCCCAUCAUCGUGGGACAAUUCAUCCAAAACUUGGCGCAGUUGUACCACCCGGAUUAUGUCGCUGCACGGUGGCAGACCUGGCUCAUCUACACCGUUUUGACCAUCUUGUUCUGCGCCGUGGUCAUUCUUCUGCCCAAGUUAAUUCCAAAACUUGAGAUGGGAUUUUUCGUCCUGACACUUCUCGGUUUUGUGAUAUCCUUCAUCACCAUCCUCGCAACAAGUCAUCCCAAGCAGUCUGCCAAGACGGUAUUCGUUGAUUACACAAAUCUGACAGGGUGGGCAGACGGCACCGCCUUCAUGCUGGGUGUGGGUACUUCCAUGUAUGCGUUCUUAGCCACUGACGGCGCAACUCACCUAGCCGAAGAGAUGCCGAAUCCUGGCAAAGGGGUCCCUCGAGCUAUGUGGCUGACUAUGAUUAUUGGUUGCUUCACAGCAACAUGUUGGACCUUCGCUUUCAUGUUCGCCUCGACAGACCUGGAUGCCGCAGCUUCUUCAGUGGUACCUAUCUUGACCGUUUAUCUGCAAGCUUUUCGGUCUAGGGGAGUGGCCACGUUCUUCUUAUCUUGGCUGGCAAUUAUCUACAGUACCUCGGGGGUAACCUGCUUCGUCACUGCGGGUCGAUUGACUUGGGCCUUUGCACGAGAUGGCGGUCUCCCGUUCAGCAAGACAUUCGCAUACACCCACCCUAUCUUACAAGUUCCCGCCAACGCCACCAUCCUAGUUGGAAUAUUCACAAUUCUUUACGGACUCAUUUAUAUAGGAUCAACGACUGCCUUCAACAGUUUCAUCUCAAUGGCCAUUUUGGGCCUCAACAUCACCUACGCAAUACCACAAGGUAUCGUCCUGUUGCGUGGCCGAUCCAAAGUGCUUCCUGCUCGCCAAUUCGAUCUCGGACCUAUCUUUGGUCCUUUUUGCAAUGCCUUCUCGGUUCUCUGGGUCUUGCUAUAUAGCGUACUCUUUUGUUUCCCAAUCAUUUUGCCGGCGACCGUGGACAACAUGAAUUAUCUCAGCGUGGUGCUUGCCGGAGUUCUAGUCAUUAUCCUAGCCAUGUGGUAUGGAGGGAAAAGGAAGACAUUCACUGGACCGGUUAUUUCCAUCGAAGGUCUGGAAAUGUUGAGCGCCGCAAAUCUCGGCGCCAAUCGAACAGGUUACCGAGAUGAUACUGCAAUGGCGACGAAGGAGGUUGCGCCAAACACGUCUGUUCCUGCCGCCGCGGAGUAAGGAUGUGUGGACUGGAGGCAAGUAGGGGUACAUGGGCAAAAUUACCACAUCUCAGACAUAAAUUAUCAACAUUGUUCCUGUAGACGCGCUGCAUGUCAUGAAGCGGGUACUUGAGUAGGGAUGGGGCUUUGUCUGUCUGACAUAUUGACAGACAAAACCUCGUCAUUCUGUCGACAGAUAAAACCUCG